GUAGAUUAUGCCUGUUACUUAAAUGCCAAAUUAAACACACUAUCAUUUUCUGCUGCCUCACACAGGGAAGCCGCCGUUGUUCUCCGAUAGACCCUUUAGAACAAUGACCGUUAAGGUAAAGCUGUGAAGAUUAUCGACCAUGUUGCCUCCAUGGACUUUAUUUUGCUCUGAUAACAAUAGUGAAAAAAAAGAAACAAUAAAAGAAGAUUCAAGUAAGAGAACUGUGGGAAAUAUGGACGAUAAAAUGAAGAUGAAGCAAGAGAUCACUCUCUUCAAUGGAGUCUCCUUAAUAGUUGGAAACAUGAUUGGAUCUGGGAUAUUUGUAACUCCAAAGGGUGUCCUUAUGUACAGUGAAUCGUAUGGAAUGUCUCUGAUAGUCUGGACACUCGGAGGGAUCUUUUCUAUGUUCGGGGCUUUGUGUUACGCAGAACUUGGGACAUCUAUCGUAAAAUCUGGGGCAAGCUAUGCUUAUAUACAAGAGGCAUUUGGAGGAUUCAUUGCCUUCAUCAGGCUCUGGUCUUCGUUAUUAAUUAUGGAACCCACCACACAAGCAGUUAUUGCUAUAACAUUUGCCAACUAUAUUGUACAGCCAAUCUUCCCAUUCUGUGAACCACCUUAUGCAGCAGUCAGACUGAUUGCAGCAGCUUGUAUAUGCACUUUGACCUUCAUUAAUUGCGUCCAUGUAAAAUGGGGAACAAGAAUUCAAGAUAUCUUCACCUAUGCCAAGAUUUUGGCUCUCCUUAUGAUCAUCUCAGUAGGUCUUGUGAAGAUUGGUCAAGGUGAAACCGAUAAUCUACAGGCAUCAUUUCAAGGCUCAACCACAAAUGUGGGAUUCCUGGCUCUUGCCUUUUAUUCUGCUCUUUAUUCUUAUUCUGGAUGGGACACGCUGAACUUUGUCACAGAAGAAAUGAAGGAUCCAAAGAGGAACCUACCCCUUGCUAUUGCCAUUUCAAUGCCGAUAGUUACUAUAAUAUAUCUGCUGACCAAUGUUGCAUAUUAUGUGGUUCUGGAUACGGCAGCCGUUCUCACCAGUGAUGCAGUGGCUGUGACAUUUGGAAAUCAAGUGCUGGGCCACGCCAAAUGGCUUAUUCCAAUAGCCGUGGCAAUGUCUUGUUAUGGUGGACUAAACUCAUCCAUAAUUAUAGCUUCAAGACUCUUUUAUGUUGGAGCACGUGACGGCGACCUCCCAGAAAGUCUGAGUCUGAUUCACCUGGAAAAUUUUACACCUGUGCCUGCCCUUCUCUUCAAUGGGUUGAUAGCUAUAUUAUAUCUGCUUGUAGAAGAUGUUUUCCAGCUGAUCAACUACUUCAGCUUCAGCUACUGGUUGUUUGUUGGACUUUCUGUCGCAGGAUUAAUAGUAUUGAGAAUCUCUCAACCUGAAAGGUCACGUCCUGUGAAGGUCAGUCUCUUCUUCCCCGUGGUGUAUUGCAUCUGCAGCCUUUUCCUUGUGAUCGUUCCACUCUAUAGUGAUACUAUUAAUUCACUGAUCGGCAUUGGUAUAGCACUGUCCGGAAUUCCUGCCUACUUUUUAGGUGUUUACCUUCCUCUUCAGAAGAGACAAACAUUCUUGACUUGUAUUAGUGCAUGGAUGACAAAAUACAUACAAAUUCUAUGUAACUGCUGCCUAACAGACCUGGAUGAAGACAAGAAGUUAUAAGGUCCAAUUUCAUGAAUUCUGAGUUGCCGACCUGUUCCUGGUAAUGUACUAUUACCCUGUAUACAGUUUUUGAUGUCAUUGCACAAUUCUUUCAUAAUUUUUGUUUUGAAUAAAAUUGACAUUCACAUUG